AUGUGUUGUAAUAAUGGAACCCUUGUUUUGCCACCAGUAACAGCUCCAAAUCAGAUGAUUGAUAUUUUCUCUGACCAAACAGUGGAGGGUCGUCAUUUCAGACAAAAUAUUCGAUCCUAUAAUCAUGUUUUCUCAUUCACUUCAAUGGGUGUUCAUGUUGAUGAAAACUUAGCAACAAGAACUCGAGGUGUGUACACGUUUCGUGCACAAGGAUCCAUAUAUCAUAAGAUCAGGAGUCUCUUACCAAAUUUUAGCGACAGACCGAGAUAUUUGCAACUGUAUGUUUAUGACACUGACCACGAGAAUGAGAAUCGAAUGUCUGAAAAUAGAGAAUUACACUUGGAUUUGCUUGACAAGAUAAAGAAUAUUUUAAAUGCUCAUAAUCCAUUUGUACACACGUUUCGCCAGUUAGCUCAGCGUCCAGAUAUACAUGAAUGCAGACUUCAGAUCAAAGAGCAACCACGUAAUAGGCCCCAAUACAACCUUCCGACUGCUCCUGAAGUUGCUGUAGUAUUAGUAGGCGCCGAAGAAGCAGGAAAUUUAAGACCAAGAGAUAUCAUUGUCCAAUCAACCAGUGGUCACCUCCUAAAUAUUCCUGAUAUUACCGGAUAUUAUGAUCUAUUACAGUAUCCUCUGUUGUUACCCUGUGGUUCAUAUGGAUGGGAUGAAAAUAGCAGAAGUAAUGAUGGCAGAAAAGUAAUAUGCUGUGAUUUCUAUUCUUAUAUGCUACAGAUUCGCCCUGGUGACCAAUCUCUUUUCCUUCGAGGAGGUAAUGUCGGUCGUAGAACAAUAUUACCGUCGUCAUUUGUUGGUAGCCCACGAGACAUGUAUCAACGAUAUCAAGAUGCAAUGGCUCUGGUCCAAAAGUAUGGAAAACCUGAUCUUUUCCUUACAAUGACUUGCAAUCCAAAUUGGCCUGAAAUUAAAGCUGAGUUACUACCUGGACAGUCACCACAUGAUCGCCCUGAUUUGCUGACAAGAGUAUUUCAUUCAAAAUUUGAUGAGAUGAAGACCGACAUUCUUACAAAACAUGUACUCGGGAAGGUUCUAGCAUAUGCAUAUGUUAUUGAGUAUCAAAAAAGAGGCUUACCACAUGCCCACAUGGUCAUUAUUUUGGAUGAAAAUGAUAAGUUACGCACUCCUGACGAUUAUGAUAACAUUUUCAUAGCUAAAAUUCCAGACAAGAGAUUAGAACCUAGAUUAUACAGUGCAGUUUUGAAACACAUGAUACAUGGCCCAUGUGGAAUUAGUGUUACAAGUGUGAAGUAUUUAUACAAAUAUGUUUAUGAAGGGCCUGACCGUUUUGCACUAGAAGUUCGUCAAGGUCCUGAUUAUGACGAAGUACAACAGUUCAUAGAUGGAAGAUGGGUUUGUGCUCCAGAAGCAUUGUGGAAAAUAUUCAAAUUUCCAAUGACCAGAAUGACCCCUAGCGUAGAACGCCUCCAAAUACACUUACCAAAUAAGCAGCAAGUGCGGUUUUAUACGUUCUAA